AUGGUGCCAGAGGUCAAGAAGGAAGCCCCCGCCCCUCCCCCUUCUAAAGCUGAAGCCAAAGCAAAGGCCAAGAAGGCCGUGCUGAAAGGCAUCCACAGCCACAAAAAAAAGAAAAUCUACACAUUGCCCACUUUCCAGAGGCCCAAGAUUCUGCAGCUCUGGAGGCAGCUCAAAUAUCCUUGGAAGAGCACCCCCAGGAGAAACAAACUUGACCACCCUGCCAUCAUCAAGUUUCCCCUGACCACUGAGUCUGCCAUGAAGAAAAUAGAAGACAGCAACACACUUGUGUUCACCAUGGAUGUUAAAGUCACCGAGCACCAGAUAAAACAGGCUGUGAGGAAGCUCUAUGACAUUGAUGUUGUCAAGGUCAAUACCCUGAUUAGGCCCGAUGGAGAGAAGAAGGCAUAUGUUCGACUGGCUCCUGAUUAUGACACUUUGGAUGUUGCCAACAAAACUGGGAUCAUCUAA